AUGGCUUUCCUCUCAUCGGCUCCAUAUGUCAUUCUUCCUUCUUUCAACCAAGAAACAGAUUAUGAAGACAACAACGUUCAUCGUAACAUUCUCGUUCUCUUCCACGGCAAAUUCUAUACUUGGAACACUAUCUUCAAGUCUUAUGAAGGUGCUUGGUGUAUAGGUUCUUCAAACAAUUUCUUGAUAUUUCUUGACAACAAAGGUUGUCCUUUUCUUCUAAAUCCAUCUUCCAACACUUUUAUUCAUGUUCCACCUUUUACCAGAUCAUUCAUCAAACAUGCAAAUGUCCCCUCUUAUUCUUAUUAUGUCCAAUCUCUUCGCAAAACCUUUGUAUCCAAAGCAGUGUUGAUGUCUUCUCCAUCUCCUUCACAAUACACUCUUGCUAUCAUGUAUGAUAGCCCAUGCAGAAUUGCUUUUUGCAAUAACCAUAAUGCUUCGUGGGUUGAGCUCUCUGAUGCGAAACGAUUAUAUUCUGAUAUUGUGUUUGAUAAUAACAUUCUUUAUGCUUUGGAUGAAGAUGGAUCAAUUGAAGGAUGGGAUUUUCUUCAUCAGAAGUUCCCAAAAAAGGUUUUGGAAAUUAAUUAUCCAACCAUGAUUUUAGAUAAGGAAGAACAGGUAAAAUUUUCAACUGAUAAAUUUUCAACUAAACUUUAUUUGGUGAUGUCCAAAAGAGAUUUCUUGUUGAUAGAAAGAUUUAUUGGUAACUUCGUUAAUGCUAAUGGUGAAGUAGUUUAUGAAGGAAGUUGUUUAUCAGAUCAAGUUGAAAUUUGUCCUUAUAGAACAAAACAUUUUAAUGUUUACAAACUUAACUUGGUGAAGAGAAAGUGGGAAAAGAUGAAUUCUUUAGAAGGUCAAGUUGUGUUUGUGGGUGCUAAUGAGUCAAAGUUAGUAGAUUCCUCAAAAUGUGAUAACAAAGAAAAUUUAAUUUACUUUAGUGAUGAUAGAUGGGAAGAGAUGAAUUUAGAUUAUUCAUACGGUGGACAUGAUUGGGGUGUUUUCAAUCUUCAAGAUUCAAGCAUCAGACUCUUAACUCCUGAUAUAAAUAAGAUGGAUCCACCACCUAUUUGGAUGGUUCCAUACUCCAAUUAA